CAUCAUGUUUAAGUAACCGUAGUUGUUGGAUUAUACAGGACACAUUCUCUAAAACAGGAAACUGAAGUACCUUCUGUCAGUGAAUUCGUAUUUGCCGGGAACACAAUGACGACACAUGUUUACACAAGUAAUGUUUACAACGCUCAGAGUCAACCCGCACCCCCGGGUUACUACAGUCAACCCGCAGCCCCGGGCUACUACAGUCAACCCGCCCCUCAACCCAUUGGCCAGUAUCCCUACACUCAGGCACCGAACCCUCACGUCCAAAACAUGUUCCAGGCUCAGCAGAGCACAACUGUGGCAGUGAUAUCAGCAGGAAAUGCUCGUACCGGAAACUGUCCGCACUGUGGGCAAGGUAUCCUAAUAAAAAGGUACUCCACAUGUGGGAUUAUACUUGCAAUAUUGCUGUUCCCAGUCGGGGUCCUCUUCUGCCUAUGUAUGGAGGAGAAACGAUGCACGCAUUGCAAUUGCAGCUUCUAAGAUUGUAAGAAGUGACAAACCCCACGUUUGAUUUGUGAGAUAUGAUUUACAAUAUGGACACGUAAUGUGAUGUAUUCUAUUAAAAACGAAUAGAAUCUAAAAUGUAUCAAAUGUGUGCUAGGCUUAGCUGCUUAAACGCGUAUAACAAAUACUGGUUACAUUCCUGUUAAAGCUAUUAGAUGGCCUAUCAAAAAUCACCGUAGAUAAAAUAUGCAUUUGAGCAAUAUAGAGAAUAUUAUGUGAGUUUUGGAUAAAUAUCAAGUUUAUCAUGCGAGGCUUAGAACCGAUGUAGCGCGAGGCUUGCCGAGCACUAACAUGGUUCGUGCCGAGCAUGAUAAACUUGAUCUUUAUCCAAAACUCACAUAAUAUUCUAUGUAUCCUAGUAUUUCCUCACAACUUAACAUCAAUAACUAACAACUUGUUGAUGAUUUCAUUUUCCCGUGGUUGACAAAAACAGAUUAUCCAAUUGUAGGAAAAAACAAAAUCUGAUCUAAAAAUAGCGAUUAUAUAAAGGUCAUGUUUAUACGAUCGUUGUUAUUCUAUCGAUUUUCAUCUGGUAAUAGGAUACAAUAUUAUAUCGAUGAUUUGAUAAUUUGCAUUUCAAAUUACAUUCAAAUAUGUAAAAGGUUGUUUAUCAAUUACACAUAAAUAUAGAGUGGCGUAUUUGCUCAGAACAUACUCUAGUAAAUGCCUAUUAGUUUAAAAUUAUUACUGAUAAUGAUGUUCCUUAUAUACUUUUGUGUUUUUAUUUUUGUUAACGUAGUGGUGUUAGAACCGAUAAAAUUUAAUCAAUUUCAAAGAUGUGGUUUAAUGGUUACCACGCGGACAGACGAACGCACAUCAACACCCUUUCUAUUACGACAGUCAUCCAAUUUAGGCUUAACCGCAGUGUGGUUCAUCGUUUUGCGUAAAAAGUGAAAUAAUGUAAUA